CCCGGCGAUGCCCCCCGGGCCCCAGGCCUCUCCUCCCCGCUCACAGUGAGCUCGGGCCCCCGGACGGUGGGUGCCGGGCCAUGGCGAACUCCGGCUUACAGCUCCUGGGCUACUUCGUGGCGCUGAGCGGCUGGGUGGGCAUCAUCGCCAGCACGGCGCUGCCUCAGUGGAAGCAGUCGUCCUACGCGGGGGACGCCAUCAUCACGGCGGUGGGCCUGUACGAGGGCCUGUGGAUGGCCUGCGCUUCUCAGAGCACCGGGCAGGUGCAGUGCAAGCUCUAUGACUCUCUGCUGUCACUUGACGUUCACAUCCAGACGGCACGGGCUCUCAUGGUGGUCUCCGUGCUCCUGGGCUUCUUGGGCGUCGUGGUCAGUGUCGUGGGCAUGAAGUGCACCCGGGUGGGCGACUCCAACCCCACAGCCAAGGACCGAGUGGCCAUCUCUGGGGGUGCCCUCUUCCUCUUGGCAGGACUCUGCACACUGACCGCUGUCUCCUGGUACGCAACGCUGGUGACACAGGAGUUCUUCAACCCCAGCACCCCCUUAAAUGCCAGGUUCGAGUUUGGGCCGGCCCUGUUCGUGGGCUGGGCGGCGGCCGGCCUGGCCAUUCUGGGCGGCUCCUUCCUCUGCUGUGUCUGUCCCGGCGACGAGCGAGGCACCAACCAGCAGCACUACCGGCCCGGGCCCGCUUCUGCCGCCCGGGAACCCAAAGUGUCUGCGCCCAUCAGGGGAGACCCGGGUCUGUGACUCUGGGGGUGCCUGUCCUCCUGGUCCCCCCGUCCCGACCCCAGAAUCCCCAAACCACCAGCCUCACAGCCCUCCAGCCCAGUCCUAGCCUGUCCACUCUCCCGUCCCCCCGGGGAAGCUGUUUCUGUGAAUACUGUCUGUGCAAAGAGAAGCCACGGUUUGUUUUUCUGA